CCUCUCGUCGUCUUCUUUUUUAAAUACUACCAAAAGUACUCCUCAUAUUUUGUUUUCCAAUGCCAUGUUUGUACGCUCUGAUCAGAGAUCUUCAUCAUUGUGAGAAGUAACAAGAAGAAGAAGAACAAGAGGUAGAUCAGGCCAGGCCAAUACCAUCAUAUCGAUCAACAAUAAUUAUCAGAAGAUGGGGCAUCACUCUUGCUGCAACAAGCAGAAGGUGAAAAGAGGAUUAUGGUCACCUGAAGAAGAUGAAAAGCUUAUCAACUACAUCACCACUUAUGGCCAUGGUUGCUGGAGCUCUGUCCCUAAACUUGCUGGCUUGCAGAGGUGUGGAAAAAGUUGCAGACUUAGAUGGAUCAAUUACCUAAGACCUGAUUUGAAACGAGGAAGCUUCUCUUCUCAAGAGGCUGCCCUCAUUAUAGAGCUUCAUAGCAUUCUAGGCAACAGGUGGGCUCAGAUUGCCAAGCACCUACCUGGAAGAACUGACAAUGAGGUCAAGAACUUCUGGAACUCAAGCAUAAAGAAGAAGCUGCUUUCUCAUGAUUUACUUCCUCCUUUCUCCACAUUUUCUGAUCAUCUUCUUCUUCAUCACCAUCAUCAUCAUUAUAAUGCUCCUCUGGAAACAUCCUUCACUUCUUCAAACCCUAAUCUCCUACUUAGCUACCCUCAUCUUCAUCUUCAACCUGAUCAGCAUCAUCACCAUCAUCAGCUAUACCUUCCCAGUACUGCAUCAUCACCAAUUCCACAAGGUCUCAAUGGUCUCGACCAUAAAGCUGAUGAAAUUAAAGUAGACAUUGCCGAUUAUAACCCCAACAACAAUCUCCUUCAUGUCCAGAACCCUAUCUCAGAAAGCACACCACCCUAUAUCAUUAUUCCAUCUUCAUGUGAAGAUAACGGUACCAAUACUGCUAAUGAUGAUGCGUGGUCAAUAUUGGGUACCCUGAGUAACAAUCCAAAUCAAGAGAACAAUCAAAUUGCUAAAACUGAUCAUCAUCAUCAUCAACAACAACAACUUGUUGCUGAGAAAUUCAUGAACCCAGGUUCGAUGUUAAUGCUGCAGCACCAUGAUCCUGACAACUUGGUGGAAUCCAUUAUUGUGCCCAAAAUCUGUGAUAGCUUUGAGGAUUAUUUGUUGAUGAGCAGUAGUACAGUCCCAGCAUCAUCAUCAUCUUCUUCUUAUUCACAAGAAUUAUUAUUACAUCAGGACCCUCUUGAGAGAAUCCAGUGUUACCCAUCAUCUGGUUUUUGUCCACAAGAUCAUGAUCAAACUUUCUCAGUUGCCAAUCAAAUGGAGUACAUUGAUGCAAUCCUAUCAUCGUUGCCCUCGUCCACCACAAACCCUAUUGUUCCAACUAGUUUGGAGCUGCCUUGAGGAUUGACAUAUGCAUGAGAAUAGUAGCUUUUUAUUUUGUCUAUUUAAAAUACAUAUAGCUGAAUAAUAUGGGAAAUCCGUUGUUUCACUUUAAUUUCAUUUGUGUGCGUAUGUGUGUUUGUUGUUAUAUAUUAUUAUAUAUGAACUGCUAAUUGCCAUGCAUUUAGCAAUGUCUUGAAGUUUUGCGUAUAAUUAAGAGGGUGAAGUUAGAAGUGUUUCUCUAAUGGAAAACCUAGUUGUUCCUGGUUCAGGAACCUCCAUUAUCGACGACAUGUCUAGGCUGUUUCACAUGUCUGUCAGCUCAGUGAAUUGAUUUGAGUUUUUCUCUUGCUACAGUCCAAUGCAUUUAGCAAUAUAUGUGCCUUGAUGUGUUGGUACUUGAAGUUGAACAAUGGCUGGCUCCAAAGUUCUCUCCCUCCCUCCCUCUCUCGC